ACGACCCGGCUUGCCUUCCGGUUACUUCACUUGCGGAUUGAACUCUUGAGCAAAACCGUCAGAUCGGGUGAUUGUAGAUUUUGGACCGUCCGAUCCAAGGGGAUCGGAGUGUCGUCUUUCUGUACUCCGCUGCCGCCUCUUUUUCCCCCGCUGCCGCCUCUCCUCUUCCGCCGUCACCUCCUCAGUCGCCUUAUCCGUGUCUCUUCGUCUGCGUCUCUGCCGUGUCUCCCCGUCCGCAUCGCUGUAUCCUUCUCUUCCUAUUGUUACGCGUCUCCUCCUCCUCCUCGUCCUCCCCGUCUGCUCUUUCUCUCUCUCUCUGAUCGGGAAAGUACGGUACGCCGACCAAUAUCGAUACCGGACUCAGAAUCUUUUCUUUUUACUGCACUAGGUUGCUCCGGUUGGAUGGGUUCCAACAUGAAUGACAUGAAAUCGCUUCAAGAAACUAAUCUUGAUGAAGAAGGUGAUCAAGAAUUUGAAUUGGAGGAUGUAGAUGAUGGAGAUGAAGAGGAAGAAGUGGAGGAAUAUGUAACCCUAGGUCUUGUUGAAAAGCCCAAGAAUCCUAAAUUCCUUCUUCGCCAUCUAUUCCCAAGCAAAGCUGGAGGUGUUCCGGCAUGGUUGGAUCCAGUGGAUUUGCCACAAGAGAAGUCGCGAAUAUGUGGUUUUUGUGGAGAGCCUCUUCAGUUCCUUCUUCAGAUUUAUGCACCGAUUUCUGAGGAGUCUUCUACUUUUCAUCGGAUCUUGUAUGUUUUUAUGUGCCCAUCCAUGUCAUGUCUUCUUCGGGACCAGCAUGAACAGUGGAAGCGCAGAGAAGACAAUCCUUGUCGAAGUGUGAAAGUCUUCCGUUGCCAAUUACCUCGAUGCAAUCCAUUCUACUCUAGUGAGCCACCAAAGCGUGAUGGCAUUGACAAACCAUUGACUGUUGGAGCUGCACUUUGCUCUUGGUGUGGCACAUGGAAAGGGGAGAAAGUUUGUAGUAGUUGUAGGAGAGCACGUUACUGCUCUGAGAAACAUCAGGCUUUGCAUUGGAAGUCAGGGCAUCGAAAUCAAUGUCGUCAGAUUGUAAAUUACUCAGAAACAUCUAGUUCAAGUCCUGAUUCCUCUAGCAAUAGGCUUCCAGCUGUGGGCAAAGUUGCCUGCAGUACACUAUGGCCUGAAUAUGAGAUUAUCAUAGAAGAUGAAUGUGCUUUUGAUACGGAAGCUUUUGAAGAUAAUAAUUGUGCAACAUCAUUGGUGCCAAAAAAUAUGAAAACAGAUGACUCAUAUCAGUUCAUGUUGGACAAGUUUGAGGCUGAUGAAAAUAAAAGGACCUGGGCAUCAUUUCAAGAACGAAUUGCAAAAUGUCCUAAGCAAGUGUUGAGAUAUUGCCGAGAUCCUAAGGCAAAACCACUAUGGCCUUUGUCAAUUGGCUGCCCCUCUGUAGCAAAUAUUCCUAAAUGCAACUACUGCAAUGGCCCUAUAUGCUAUGAAUUCCAGAUCAUGCCUCAGUUGCUUUUUUACUUUGGUGUGAGAAAUGAUCCUGAUUCACUUGACUGGGGAACCAUUGCUGUAUAUACAUGUUCAGCUUCCUGUGGAUCAAGUAUAAGCUACAAAGAGGAAUUUGCAUGGGUUCAGUUAUAUCCUACAGCACCAAUGACUUGAAGGUUCUCUGAUGUGUAUGUGCUCUAUGCCAUAAAUUCCAGGUGAAAUUGAAAGUGUGAACAAGUUUGGUCUGAGAACUGAGUUGUCAUGCUUUGUCAUGCUAAAUAUCACAAAAAGAGAGUUUCUGUGGAUUCACCACCUAUGCUCUGUAACUACUCGCGCUGAGUCCUGGUCAACAUCACAAAGAGAGAAUUUUUGUGGAUUCAUCACCUAUGCUCUGUUACUGGAUUCUAAUGUAGUGCUUGUGUAGUUGACCAUUUUUGUUUGUGAUACUAUAUUAUCCUAGAUGACAAUACCUUUUCCAAAUUAAAUGUUUUAUUCUCCCAAUCAGCUCGGAUGGCUUAUGUUCAUUGUCAAGGGUUGCUUCCGUUGAUUGCUCAGAAUAAUUUGAACUCGUACAAACUGUUUAUUUACUUUGUUGUCUUAAAUGAUUAUAUGUUUUGUUACUGGA